ACGACCCUGCACAUAGCAGGGGGUUGAAUCUAGAUGGCCAUUGUGGUCCUUUUCAACCCAGGCCAUUCUAUAUUUCUGUGAUUACCUUCAGAUCUUCACUGUAACGCAUCACCUUAGAGAAGCUCACGAACUUGCAAACUAACGUUGGGUCUCUUACAGAAGAUCUGCGUCAGCAAGGUGUCUUGACGUCAAGCUGAGAGGGCUCUCCGUACAGGUGUGACCUUGAGAGACAUCCCUGAUUGUGGGGACAUCCUGUCGUGCAGCCCGUUGCUGUGCAGGAGGGCUCAAGGGGAGCUUGGGCUGCUCCCUGUUUAGGGGCUCCAGUUCAACUCCUGCCUUCCAGCCGUGAUCGUCUCACCUGCAGGAGAGCAGCAGAUGGCCGCAGCGCAUCCAUCUCAGGAGCCCGUGAGCUUUGCGGAGGUGGCCGUGUAUUUCAGCAGGGACGAGUGGGCGCUGCUGGACCCUGCGCAGCGAGCGCUCUACCGGGACGUGAUGCUGGAGACGUACCAGUGCGUGGCCUCGCUGGCUCCACUUCCAGCCCCCAAGCCCGUGCUGAUCUCCCUGCUUGAAGGAGGGGAAGAGCCCUGUAUCCCAGAUGUGCGCAGCCCUGAGGCCGCUCCAGGAGACCUCAGCCCAGCAGGAACUGGGAUUUCAGAUGUGUUGGAGGAUCUGCAGGAAAGCGGUGCGGCCGAAAAGUGCUGGGGUAGUGUCUGUGUGGAAGAAAUCAGAAGGGAUGUCCAAGGAGGCCUGGAGCAAGGUCGGAGUGAGCGCAUCAUGGAGCCGCUGGGAAACUGCGUGCCAAAGACAGGAAGCAGCCCGCUGGACUUGAACACAGGCCGAAAGGAGCCUGAAGAACCCAGGAGCAAGGAUGUGAGCCAGACGAAAAAGCAGAAUCCAUGCGCAGAGUGUGGAAGUAGCUUUGAAAAAGAUUCCGGCGUCGUUAACCGCCAGGGCAGACGCUCAGCAGUGAGUCCAUACAAGUGCUCUGAGUGCGGGAAGAGCUUCAAAAGGAGCUCCCACCUCACCUACCACCAGCGCUUCCACACAGGAGAGAGUCCCUACAAGUGCUGCGAGUGUGGGAAGUGCUUCAAAAGCUGUUCUGAACUGAAGCGCCACCAGCGCAGCCACACGGGGGAGAGGCCCUACAAGUGCUGCGAGUGCGGGAAGACGGUGAAAAGCAGUUCCCACCUCAUCUACCACCUGCGCUUCCAUAGAGGAGAGAGACCGUUUCGUUGCUCCGAGUGUGGGAAGAGCUUCAAGAGCAGCUCUGAUUUGAAGCGCCACCAGCUCUUCCACACGGGGGAGAGGCCCUACAAGUGCUCCGAGUGUGGGAAGAGCUUCAAGAGCAGCUCUGAUUUGAAGCGCCACCAGCUCUUCCACACGGGGGAGAGGCCCUACAAGUGCUCCGAGUGUGGGAAGAGCUUCAAGAGCAGCUCUGAACUGAAGCGCCACCAGCGCUUCCACACAGGGGACAGACCCUACAAGUGCUCCGAGUGUGGGAAGACCUUAAAAAGCCAUUCCCACUUCGUCUACCACCAGCGCUUGCACACGGGGGACAGACCCUACAAGUGCUCUGAGUGUGAGAAGAGCUUCAAAAGCAGCCACGAAUUGAAGCGCCACCAGCGCAUCCACACAGGGGAGAGACCCUAUAAGUGUCCAGAGUGCGGGAAGAGCUUCAAAAGCAGCUCCGACUUGAAGCGCCAUCAGCGCAUCCACACAGGGGAGAGGCCUUUUCAGUGCCCUGAGUGCGACAAGAGCUUUCAACGAAGGUGCAGUCUCAGCGCCCACAAGCACAUCCACAGCGCACACGGGCCGUAGAAGCAUCUCAAGACUCUGGGAAC